GUCCUCAGGGGGCAAUUCCGCGGGUCGGAGGCGGGUCGAAGCGAGAGAUCCCUUCCCAGUCCCGCCUUUUGUCCACGUCUCACUUCUCCUGGCCAAUGCCCUCUCCAGUCGCCGGAGACAGCCCCUCUCCCAUGAGGUCUCCAUUGGUCCUGAGGCUCUACGGCUUCGGCCCUACCCGGAAGUAACGUUGGGGAGGCGGUUUCCUAGACUACGACACCGGAAAGCUGGGGGAGGCGCUCCGGGAUACUGAGGGCGGAGGGCGGUGGCAGCGCUGGCGCUGGGGACCGGCUUGGUGGCUUCGGGAAACAGUUUGGCGCCGGCGGCCGUCCGUGUUACUCCGCAUCCCGCCCCGUCUCGGCACGGCUAGCAGCCCCCCUGGCCACCAGCGUCCAGCAAUGUGUCUCACCGGCCGGGCGUAGCAGCUGCGCGUGCGCGGAACCGCGGGGCCAUGAGCGAAGCCGGCGGCCGGGGCUGUGGGUCCCCGGUUCCCCAGCGAGCGCGAUGGAGCCUAGUGGCGGCGACGGCCGCGUUCUGCCUGGUGUCGGCCACCUCCGUGUGGACGGCGGGGGCCGAGCCCAUGAGUAGGGAGGAGAAACAGAAGCUUGGGAAUCAAGUACUGGAAAUGUUUGAUCAUGCUUAUGGUAACUAUAUGGAACAUGCUUACCCUGCUGAUGAACUCAUGCCUUUAACCUGUAGAGGUCGAGUUAGAGGCCAAGAGCCAAGUCGCGGUGACGUUGAUGAUGCCUUGGGAAAAUUUUCUCUGACACUGAUUGAUUCUUUGGACACUCUUGUGGUUUUAAAUAAAACUAAAGAAUUUGAAGAUGCAGUGAGAAAAGUUUUAAGAGAUGUUAAUUUAGAUAACGAUGUAGUCGUAUCAGUCUUUGAAACAAACAUCAGAGUUCUUGGGGGUCUUUUGGGUGGGCACUCCCUGGCAAUCAUGCUGAAAGAAAAAGGUGAAUAUAUGCAGUGGUACAAUGAUGAACUUCUCCAAAUGGCAAAGCAGUUAGGUUACAAACUUUUACCGGCUUUCAACACUACCAGUGGCCUUCCUUAUCCAAGAAUUAAUUUAAAGUUUGGCAUCAGAAAACCAGAAGCUCGGACAGGAACUGAGACAGAUACCUGUACAGCUUGUGCAGGUACCUUGAUCCUUGAAUUUGCUGCUUUAAGUCGAUUCACAGGAGCAACAAUAUUUGAGGAAUAUGCCAGAAAAGCUCUUGAUUUUCUCUGGGAAAAAAGACAGCGAAGUAGUAAUUUAGUGGGCGUGACUAUAAAUAUUCAUACUGGAGAUUGGGUACGAAAAGAUAGUGGAGUUGGAGCAGGGAUUGAUUCAUAUUAUGAAUAUCUGUUGAAAGCCUAUGUCUUGCUUGGAGAUGACAGUUUUCUGGAAAGAUUUAACACACACUAUGAUGCCAUAAUGAGGUAUAUUAGCCAGCCACCUCUUCUACUUGAUGUGCAUAUCCACAAACCAAUGCUGAAUGCUCGGACUUGGAUGGAUGCUUUGCUUGCCUUCUUCCCAGGCUUGCAGGUGUUAAAGGGGGAUAUUAGACCUGCUAUUGAAACUCAUGAAAUGUUAUAUCAGGUGAUUAAAAAACACAAUUUUCUACCAGAGGCAUUUACGACAGAUUUCAGAGUACACUGGGCUCAACAUCCUUUAAGGCCAGAAUUUGCAGAAAGUACCUACUUCUUAUAUAAAGCUACAGGAGAUCCUUACUACCUUGAAGUAGGGAAGACACUUAUUGAAAAUUUAAAUAAAUAUGCUAGAGUGCCUUGCGGAUUUGCUGCCAUGAAGGAUGUUCGUACUGGAAGUCAUGAGGACAGAAUGGAUUCUUUCUUCUUGGCUGAAAUGUUUAAAUAUCUUUACCUGUUAUUUGCUGAUAAAGAAGACAUUAUUUUUGACAUAGAAGAUUACAUCUUUACAACAGAAGCUCAUCUGUUACCUCUUUGGCUCUCUACUACAAAUCAAAGCAUCUCUAAAAAGAACACAACCUCGGAAUAUACAGAACUGGAUGACAGUAACUUCGAUUGGACUUGUCCAAAUACUCAGAUCCUCUUCCCUAAUGACCCAUUGUAUGCUCAAAGUAUUCGUGAGCCCUUGAAAAAUGUGGUGGAUAAGAGCUGUCCUAGAGGCAUCAUCAGAGUCAGAGAGGAGAGUUUCAGGAGUGGAGCUAAACCCCCUCUGAGAGCCAGAGAUUUCAUGGCCACUAACCCUGAGCAUUUAGAAAUCCUGAAGAAGAUGGGGGUGAGUUUGAUUCACCUCAAAGAUGGGAGAGUCCAGUUGGUCCAACAUGCAAUCCAAGCUGCUAGUUCAAUUGACGCUGAAGAUGGGUUGAGGUUCAUGCAGGAGAUGAUUGAAUUGUCAAGUCAGCAACAAAAAGAACAGCAGCUGCCUCCACGAGCUGUACAAAUUGUUUCCCACCCAUUUUUUGGCAGGGUAGUAUUGACUGCUGGACCAGCUCAGUUUGGGCUGGAUCUGUCUAAACAUAAAGAGACAAGAGGAUUUGUUGCAAGCAGUAAACCAUACAAUGGUUGUUCAGAGCUUACUAACCCAGAGGCAGUGAUGGGAAAAAUCGCACUGAUACAAAGAGGACAGUGCAUGUUUGCAGAAAAGGCACGCAACAUCCAGAAUGCUGGAGCCAUUGGUGGCAUUGUUAUUGAUGACAAUGAGGGGAGCAGCAGUGAUACUGCCCCUCUGUUCCAGAUGGCAGGUGAUGGAAAGGAUACGGAUGACAUCAAGAUCCCCAUGCUGUUCUUAUUCAGCAAAGAAGGAAGUAUCAUACUGGAUGCCAUCCGGGAAUAUGAGGAGGUAGAAGUGCUCCUCUCUGAUAAAGCAAAAGAUCGAGCAGCAAUAUUAAAAGGUAAAAUGAUUCCAAGCUACAUUAUUAAUAGUAAUCCUGAAAUGGAAAAUGAAGAACAACCAUCCUCUGAAAAUGAUUCUCAGAAUCAGAGUGGUGAACAGAUUUCAUCAAGUUCUCAGGAGGUUGAUUUGGUUGAUCAAGAGUCUUCUGAGGAAAAUUCUCUAAAUUCUCACCCAGAAUUAUUAUCUCUAGCAGAUGUGGACAAUGCUGCAAGCAUUUCCCCUUCUGAACAGACUUCUAAUCCCACAGAAAACCAUGAGACUACAAAUCUUAAUGGUGAAUGUACAGAUUUAGAUAACCAGCUUCAAGAACAAUCAGAAACUGAGGAAGAUUCCAAUCCUAAUGUUAGCUGGGGUAAAAAGGUCCAGCCUAUAGACUCCAUAUUAGCAGACUGGAAUGAAGAUAUAGAAGCAUUUGAAAUGAUGGAGAAGGAUGAGCUAUGACUUGCUAAACAAUCUGUUGGUAGGUAUUUAAAAAGAAAAGGUAAACUGUGUGUGGUUAAUAGACACCCUAAUACUAAGCAGGCUUUCUAAUGGGAGGCUUUAAGUAUGGUGAUGAACAACCACGUUCUGACUGGCGUAGUUAUCGUAGGAAUCUGGAGCAUGCUGUGUUAGAAUUGACCUUGUUUAAAACUGUCCCAUCAAAAAUGGAAAUCCACAGUUCCCCCUUCAAAUGCAGCACUGCACCACCCUGCAACACCUCAGGCCAGGGAAAGAUUACUGAGCAUUCCUGCGAACCAGAUUUCUGUUGUCUCUGGAUAGACAAGAAACAAAAUCCAUUUAGUAGUGGAGUGGGGAAUAGGAGUUUGGAUAGCCUUCUAAUUAAAGGAAGCUCACCUUUCUUGGUUUUGGGGGUUAGAGGCUCUUUUGGGAAGAUGCAUCCGAGUAUUGUGGCAUUCUGAUUAUGCUGCCUUCACAAAACACUCUAAGUGACCUAAGUGGUUAUGAAGCAAAUGCAUUUAUGGUGAAAACAGUCUUUGCUCAUCGCUUUCUCUUGUUUCAUUUAGUGACAAAUGAUCAAGAUGACUUGAUUUUUUUUCCUUCUUAACAAUGUCUUUUUUAUUUAAACCAAAGGUGAAGCCAGUGUACUUUCUCAGUGAGUUCUCUGCAUAAAGACUAAUCAGUGGGACCAGGUAAAAUGGUCAUAUAAUACAUUGUGGAGAUUGCUUACUUAAUACUUCUGAAAAAUGGAGUAAGGGAGAAACUAUAAUGUUGCAAUAUGAACCUCCCAUUGGGCCUUCCAUAGGGAAAGCUGUGACUACUCUGAAAUGGAACCUAGCAUUAUAUCCUUGUAGGGUAGAUUAUAAAUCAUUUCCAGUUCAUUUCUCUUAGAGGUGAUUACCUCUAGCCAUCAGCCUUACUCCAUCCCAUGUUUGGUAUGCAAUUUGAGCCACAAGGCUCGUAUCGCCAACAGCUGUAUACAUUUUGUUCCAUUUUGCUGUCUUACAGAGCCAUGAUAAAACUGUGGUUAGUGAGUUAAAAUUCCUGGAGUAACUACUGUUUUUCUCCUUUGAAACUUAGGUUUCUAAAGUUGCACCUAAGGAAUCUGUCACAUUUUCUGUUGAAUCAUGGUUUUUGUUUUUGUUUUUAACAGAUAUUCCUUCUGAUACGGACUUGAAAAUUAGUGUAUGGUGACCUGUGUUUAAAAAAAAAAGUACAAUACAACUACAUAUAGCUAUAUAGCUUAAUGAGACUUCCACCCCCCCCCCCCUUUUUUUUUUUUUUGGUUUGUUGUUGUUGUUGUAGUAGUCUGGUGCUGGCCACAUUUAAGUCUUAAAAAGUUUUAAAUUUUGUUGUUGAUGUUUGUAGACAGCCCUGUAGUUGAAAUCAUGGCUUUAUUCAUUUUAUUUAUUUUUUAAACUUGCCUGAAUUAGUUCUAAAGGAAUAUUUAAGAGACAUAAUUUUCUUCUCUUUACCAUAACAUUACACAAAACUUUUUCCUAAAACAUAGUUGUGAGGUACUGAUGAGCUAUAAGUGGAGCUGUUAAAAACAGCAGUGCUGUAUUGUAGUUAUGUAUAUUCGUGUACAGUAUGUUUAGAUCCCAGGUAAACAUAUUCUUUUCUGAGAGGAUAAAUACCUGCAUUCAGAUAUUCCAGGUAAAUAUAAUUGAGUCAGGGAGUAGUAAAUCUGAUGGUGAAUUCACUUUGGGGAGGGGGAAAAAGAAUAGUAUGCAAGACCCUUAUUGGCUUUUAAUUAUACCUGAAACCAAAAUGGAUAUUUUUAGUCUCUCUGCAUGUGAGAUUUGGUGUAACAAGAUAGAACUAUAAUAUAUACAGUAUAUGGAAGGAUAGAUAUAGUGCUUUGUUCAUUUUAAUUGCAAAGCUGCCAAAAUAGCUGAAGCUUAAUUACUUGACUUGCCUUGAUUUAUAGGACUGGGGCUUGGAGAAAAUGAGCAGAUGUUCCUCUAAGACAUCGAUUACAGAAGCCUUAUAUACAUGGAUUUGAUUUUGUAUUUGUAGCUGAAAGUCAUUGUUGUCUAAAACGAACUUUUCUAAGUUAUCAAAACAACCUAAUUUCUUUUCCAACAAGGAGAACUUAAUGGCAUGAAGGAUUGUGUGACACAUUGGAAAAGCCAGCUUACUGCCACUCUCUUCCUUUGGCCAUUAGAGGGAGGUGUUGCCUUUCAUUGAUGCUUAGAAGCAAAUUGUUCACUUGUUAAGAAAAGUAAAUCCUUAAAAAAAGAAAAGGAAAAAAUUUAACCAAUUUUUCUUAAUACCAAGAAGGAAUUAUACUCAAUAUUUCCCUAGUUAAGAAAAGAGGAGAUAAUGUUCGUCUAAAAAACCCCAAUGUUGUAAUUACAACUCUACAUUCAUUUACUUACUUGACAUACUGCCACAAAGUAGUUUUUGAGUUCAUUAAAAAUUCCAAAGGCAUUAGUUGUUGUUUUUUUUUUUUAGUGUUUUGUUUUUUAGUUAACUUUUAUAGACAUUUUAGUAACUUGCUAAAGAUUCAGGGGAUUCUAUGAAACCCCGAAUUUAGAAACAUCUGUUCUACCUCAGUUAAAUGUUGACUGCUUAGAAAUAUAGCUGAAGUGAUCACCACAGCCAUAAAAUUGUUUAAGAAAGAUUUAUAUAAUGUUUACAAAUCUGGAAUCAAGUAAGGAUUUUAGCUGAAAUCCUUUAAGAGAUAUUAGAGCAAGUAUUUAAUUCAGAUAUUUUCAAGUUUUAAAACUUAACCUGUUUACCUACUAAAAAUAAAAUAGCUAGUUUUUUUCUGCAUAUAAAAGUUCAUUGAAAUGAUAUGCCCUUAUUUGCAAUACUUUUCCCAUAAAGUUUUAAGUGUGAAAGAAUUGUAAUUUACUAGAUAUGUUUGGUAUGGGAUAUUUUGUUAGGCAAGUUUUCUUUUUUCUUCUUAAAUUGCAAUAGGCUUCCAAAAAGAGUAUAAUUGUUUCAGAACAAAUUAACUCUUGGCAUUAUACGUCUCCCUUUUUCUUUACAGUAUUAGUAAAAUGAAAAAUUGUACACUUUCUGAUUUUAACUUCACUAAUGUAAUUACUCUCUCAAGAAGAUUUUAAAAUUUAAAUUACCAUCACACAACCUUUUUAUAGUAAAGCCAACAUUUGUUCUCUCACCAAACCCCAUGCCAAAUUCAUCAUGAAGAAAGCUCAGCAUAAGUAAUUCAAAUACUGCUUAUAAUUUUAGAGGGGGGUAGAAUUUAGUAAAUAUUCCAGCCGGUCGUUUUAUGCACAAGGCUUCAGUCAGAACAUAGAAAAAAAAAACAUUCUGUGAAUGAAAUAUUGUAUGUUCAGAUUUUAUAAAAGACAUUUUUAAAAGCCCAAUUUACAGCCGUAUAUUUUCUUAUGAUGUAAUUUAUGAAAAAGAUGUCUGUACUAACAGGUGCUGUAACACUACUGUUGUUGGAUUUUAUUGUUUGGUGAUAAAUGUAUACAAUAUUUCUAAGGGAAACUAUGUACUGUGAUGUAAAAGUCUGGGCAAAAUGUAUAUAAUCCUGUAUAUAAUUAUGUAUUUGAUUAUAAUUGCUGAUUGUAAAGAUUUAAUAAAAUAUGUAAAUAUUCCA